AUGCCCUCGCGCCGCAGUCAUACAAAGUCCCGGAAGGGUUGCCUGCAAUGUAAGCGACGUCAUGUUAAGGAGGAAUCUGAAUCGAUACAUGGCUCAAAUGAGCUAUCCUUAUCCACAAGGAUGCUUGAAAUGAGGCUCUUUCAUCUUUAUCUAACGGAGACGUACAUCACCCUGUACCCCGGAAAACUAGACACGAAUCACUUCCAAUCCGCCGUUCCAGGGCUAGCGACUGCCUAUCCAUUCUGCUUAGAUGCUCUACUGGCAUUUUCAGCCCUGCAUUUGGCCUCGAAAGAGACGGACGAUAACCGUCAAUGGGUCGAGUGUGCUCUCAUGUAUCAGAACCGCUCAUGCUCUGCCAUGAGCCGCGUGUUGGCAGAGUUUUCUGUCGAGUACUCCGGACCAGCAUUUAUUUGCUCCAUCCUUAUCAUGCUAUGUUCAUACGCUUACCCUUGUGUUUCCCAAGAUGAACAGCCAUUCGACCCUCUGGCACAGGUCUUGGAAAUCCGUCGACUACUUGCCGGAUGCGCUUUCUUUUUCAACCAACUCAGUAAGAUGGAGCAUCCAGGUGAAUUGGCAGCAUGGCUGCGAUACAAAGAUGAUGUUGAUUCAGAGGAAGAAAUCACAAAAGAUGCCGUCUUGGACUCCCUCGGUCGCAUACGAGGGAUGAUUGACAUUGUUGAUGGAUCCAACAAAGAAGUCUAUCAGGAUAUCUGGGAGUUCCUCAAUGAAGCAGUUAAGCGACCAUUGGGCGGACGAGAGGGGGGAGUCAUCGCAUUGCCUAUCAGGAUCAGCGAUGCUUAUGUGGGCCUUCUCAAGUCGGGCGAUUGGAUGGCCCGUAUACUAUUUCUGCACUACGGUGUAGGCAUGCAUCUCCUUUCAGAUAGGUGGUUCGUCAAAGACUGGGGACGCCGCCUAGUAUCCACCGUUUUGCAGCCACUUAAAGAGAUCCCGGCGGAAUGGAUUGAAACUGUUGCAUGGACAAGACAGGCUGUAGACCUUGACAACUUAUCUGCUGAAUGCGGAGAACCCAAUGACUGCGCAAUGGGCCGAGAUGUGGAGAAACAGCCACUUUUAAACCCGUGCAACCUUCCAGGCACCAAAUCGACCACAGUCUCGCUGAAUGCGGAGAGUGAAAGGCCCUCGACCAUGCCUCGUCUUUUAAGAAUUACAGUAUCCCUCGCUUCAAUACUAGUGCUAGCAUUAAUACAUCUACCGGAUGUACUCUCUUCUCCAGUGGUAUCAUCAGCGCGUCAUGAUCCUCGGAGGGUCAGUUCAAUUGAGCACAUCGGGGAGGGCAAGCUCGGGGCAGUGGCCAGUGAAAGUGCGAUCUGCAGUCGCCAUGGGACUGAAAUUUUGGAAAUGGGCGGAAACGCUGCUGAUGCAGUAAGGAUGUACCAUAGUGGAAUUGGUGGAGGGGGGUUCCUGUUAGUGAAGGCGCCAAACGGUACAUUCGAAUUCAUCGAUUUUCGCGAAACCGCUCCUGCUGCUGCCUUUGAAGAGAUGUUUAAAAACAACACCAAUGCAUCCACUACCGGUGGUUUGGCGAGUGGCGUUCCUGGUGAGGUGCGAGGCCUAGAAUACCUCCAUAAGAAGUAUGGAUCUCUUCCAUGGUCGACCGUCAUGCAGCCUGCUAUCCAUACAGCCCGUGACGGUUUUCCAGUUGGUCCUGACCUUGUUCGCUACAUGAACUCGGCAGUAGCGGGUAAAGAAGACUUUUUGUCAAAGGACCCGACGUGGGCUAUCGAUUUCGCUCCUAAUGGAACUCGCGUCGGUCUUGGAGAUACCAUUACCCGUAGACGCUAUGCGGAUACGCUGGAAACAAUUGCCAAUCGUGGCCCGGAUGCUUUCUAUAGUGGCCCGAUUGCUGAAACAAUGAUUCAAGCCCUAAAGGCUGCCAACGGAACAAUGACGCUGGAAGAUCUCCAAAAUUAUACCAUCGCUAUCCGGAACACCUCGCAGAUUGAUUACAGAGGAUAUAAAGUCACCGGAACAACAGCUCCAUCGAGUGGUACUGUCGCCUUGAAUAUACUUAAAGUUUUGGAUACUUAUGAGGAUUUCAUGAGACCCGAGAACGUAAAUCUGAGCACUCAUCGCUUGGACGAAGCUAUUCGUUUUGGUUAUGGAUUGAGAACCGAACUUGGUGAUCCAUUCUUUCUCAAAGGGAUGGACGAAUACCAGGAAGAUAUGCUGAAGCAGUCGACAAUUGAUCAAAUCCGCGGGAAGAUCUCCGAUUAUCACACACAAAACGUAUCUGUGUAUGACCCUAAAGGAAUUGAGAGUCUUAACACCCCUGGAACCUCACAUAUCGCCGCUGUUGAUCAUUCUGGUCUUGCUAUCUCCACUAUCACAACGAUCAACUUACUUUUCGGGAGCAAAGUCAUGGUACCUGAGACAGGAAUAAUUAUGAACAAUGAAAUGGAUGACUUCUCAACGCCUGGCACUUCCAACGCUUUUGGAUACAUUCCGUCAGAGGCUAACUUCAUCCGACCCGGAAAACGACCCCUGUCGUCUAUCACUCCAACUAUUGUAACACACCAGAACGGAUCCGUCUUUUACAUUGCAGGUUCAGCAGGUGGCAGUCGAAUCAUUACAGCGACACUACAAAGCAUUAUUCAUGCCGUGGAUGAGGGUUUGUCGGCAGCUGAGGCUUUGGCUAAGCCACGUCUCCACGACCAGCUAGUCCCGAACCAGGUCAGAUUUGAGUAUACAUAUGAUAACGAGACCGUAGCUUUUAUGAAAACCCGAGGUCAUAACGUGACUUGGGUUGCUCCAGGAGACAGUACUGCUCAGGCGAUCCGAGUGUUACCGAAUGGAACAUUUGAUGCCGCCGGAGAGCCUAGACAGCUUGACUCUGGCGGGUUCGCGGUAUGA